UUCAAACAGAAUUUUAGCUGACGGUGUGAAGAGUGAUAAUAAAUCGACUAAGAUAGAAAAAUUGAUUGUUGUUAAAAAUUUAUAAAUCUUUAUAAUUCUUCGCAACAGAAGUUUUUAAAGUUGAAUAUUGUGCUCCGGGUUUUCUUAGAGUUCAAUAGUAUCUUAUUUCGAUAACUUUAAAGUUAAUUUAUUUAAUAGCGAAUUCAGAAUGAAGCUCCAAUUAUUCUUAUUAUCUGCUCUCUUGGUGGCGAGUGCCUUUGCACUUCCACUCCCCGAUGAGGAAGUCGCAGCCGCAAAACCAGCUGAAGAGAAAGUUGAAGCAGCACAACCCGCCGAAGCCGCAAAACCAGAAGAACCCGCAGCCGAAGCUAAGUCAAACUCCGAAGCACCAGCUGAAGCGAGUGCGGUUCCAGCUGAAGCUCCUGCGGAAGAAGUAAAGGCUGACGCUCCUGAAGAAAAGAAAGAGGAACCCAAACCCGAAGAGCAAAAAGCCGAAUUGAAAGCCGCCGAUGAAAAACCCGCUGAAGCCCAACCAAAAGAAGCUGAAGCUAAAUCUGUCUCCGAUGAAAAACUAGCUGAAGAGAAACCAGAAGAAAACAAAAUUGAAGACAAACCAGAAGAAGCUAAAGAGAAGAAGGAAGAGAAACCUGAGGAAGCUGUAAGACAAACUCGUGACACUGAAGAUGCCAAGGCUGCCGAAGCUAAACCUGAACCUGCUGAAAUCAAAGCAGAAGAGCCAAAACCAGCUGCUGCUGCUGCCGAACAAGCUGCUCCUGCUGAAUCAACUCCAGCCCCAGCUGCCGCUGAAAGCAAAUCCGAACCAGAACCAGAAAAGAAAGCUGAAGCUCUGAAGGUUGAAGCCAAGGCUGAGGAAGCAACUACAGCUGCUGCAGCACCAGCUGAGAAGAAACUAGAAGAAAGUGCUCCAGCUGCUGAACAAAAGCCCGAGGAGAAAACCGAAGAACCAAAAAAAGCUGAGGAGCCAAAAGAAUCAAACGAAAGCGAGAAGAAACCAGCCGCUCCUGAAGCCCCAGCCGCCGAGAAGAAGGAAGAGGCAUCUGCAUCAGGCGAAAAGAAGAGCGAUAGUGAAUCCAAAGAAAGCGAGGAAUCAAAGGAAUCGAAAGAAGAGAAGAACUAAGAGUUAAGAGUAAUCUAAACUACUUCUAAAAAUUUGCGAUAUUAAUUUUAAUUUUUAGUAAUUCUUUUUCCGUUAAGACCAGAUCGACCUUAUCUCCACCUUAGUGAUCACUUUAUAAUUGAAUCCUAACGCACAGUUAGAAAUAUGUACACGACGAACAGUGCAUACAAUCAAUAAAACACCCAAAACACACACCUGAAACACACAUACACACCACUCCCGGAAAAUUGAAAGAAAAUUAAGCCUUUCACCGCAGCACUCUACACCCUCUCUACAAACUAAAAUUUAGAUCCUUGAAACGAGAGAGUGCGUCUGUUAAAAUACAUAGUCAGGAGCUGGACUUAGGGAUUGCUAUCAUAAUUUUUACUAUGAUAGACUUAUUUAAUUACAUAAUUCGUAAUCAUAUUAGUUUCCUACUCUCAAUUAUUCAAGGCAUUUCAAACAAAAUCAGAUAAUUGAUAAUAGAAAACUAAUGCAACUAAAACAACAGAAAACUGGCGUCUCACACAUCCACUUCUUUGCCUGUCAUCCAAGAUGUAAUCGUUAAAACAUCGAAUCUAUUUUAACAUUUAUAUCUUAUCGAAUAUUUAGCUGACAGCAGAGAAUUUGUGAUUGUAGCUCGGAAAUUUCUCUCUUCUUUUCGCAAAUAGUAGAAAUUUACACACUUUCGCACAUUAAUAGAACCAUGCAUGCACAAACGAAUAAUUAAUUGUGUAAAAAUCUCUAGAUAUUACUCAAAAGGAAAAUUGUUCUAAAGUAAGUUUAUAUCUUAUCAUAUAGACUGAAAUAUUGAAGAUGAAGACGAAAAAAAAAAACAUUUUUUGUAAGUUAUUUGAAUAACAUCAUCCUUCACGCGAAAACACCGUCAUCCUGAAACAACGAAGAUAACUGAUGACCAGCAAUAACAAAAUUAUUUGUAUUUACAGAUAGAUGUUAUCUCUAGAGUAUUAUUGAUUAUGUAGAAAUUAAUGGUUUCAAA